AUGGCCGCCUGGAUCGCCUUGGCGUCAACUCUGGAGCGAGUCGUGCCCACGUCUUUGGGACUCGUGGCUGGGAAGCAGGUCUGCAGGGGGCGUUACUGCGCGAAGGCCUUCCUGGGAAUACCCUUCGCGGAGCCACCGGUCGGACCGAGACGUUUCAAGAGACCUGUCCGCAAGAAGCCUUGGAGAGGCAUUCUGAACGCGAUACAGCUGCCCAGACCUUGCUUUCAGAGAAGAGGUAGGAUUCCCCCGGUGCCUUGGCAGGGCGACGAAACGAGGAGCAGGGAAGACUGCCUCUAUCUUAACAUUUGGGUGCCGACGAGCCUUCCCUGGCCCACCCGCCUGCCAGUGAUGGUCUGGAUCCAUGGUGGCUCCUACCGAAUCGGCGCCUCCGACUUGGACUUGUACGAUGGCACCAUUCUGUCUGAUUAUGGUCGUGUGGUCGUAGUAUCUUUCAACUACAGGUUGGGCGCCUUGGGUUUCCUGAACGCCAACGUGACGGACAUACCGGGAAACAUGGGACUGUGGGACCAAUACGCGGCACUUCGUUGGGUGAAUGAGAACAUCGCGUCGUUUGGUGGAGACCCUUCCAGAGUAACCUUGUUCGGGGAAAGCGUCGGUGGUGCAAGCUCAGGCAUGCUAGCCCAGUCACCGCUGUGCAGGGGCAUAAUUCGGAGAAUCAUAAUGCAGAGUGGAACUCCACGCUGGCCCGUGCCACUGGAGAACGAAGGGGGUAUGGAGCGAGCGCUGAACCUCGCUCGCAACGUGGGCUGUCUUCCAAACGAAAUGACUACCUUUCACGCCGAGGCUGUAAACUGCCUUCAGAAAGUUUCCGCCGAAAAGAUAGCUCGCUCCGAAUUGGAGCUUUUUGAAGAUCACCUAUUCACCUUCCAGCCCAGCUUUGGGGACGAACUUGUACCCAUACAUCCCGUGACAGCCUCUAAAGGGGGUCGGUUUUUGCCCGUAGAUGUGCUCAUGGGUAUGAACUCUAGGGAAGGAGCUAUUGUGUACUACACUGGCAGUGGCGUUAGUCUUCCCAAAAACUGGACUAGUGAGGGAAUUGAUAUCGACACUGCAAGGCGCUUUAUAUCACAAUUAUUCGGCGCUUUUCCGAAAGAAGUCUUCGAUGAAGUAGCUGCUCACUACCUGGAACAGCUUCACGACUCGUCUUCGGGAGAAAUUUUCGCAACAAUGGCAGCGGCAGCCGGACACUUCUUUUUCGACUGUCCCACUGUGUUUAUGGCAGACACCUUGGCAGGUUGGCUGCCCAAGCUAUGGACUUACAGGUUUCAGCACCGAGCAACACCAAGCCCCUGGCCCGAAGAAUUGGAUGUGACUCACACAGACGAGAUCCAGUUUGUGUUCGGCGUUCCGUUGCGUCGCCCAGAGAGGUACUCCAGAGACGACGCCCGGAUCAGUGAAAUCGUAUUGCGGGCCUGGAUUACUUUUGCACACACAGGGAAGCCAGAGUUGCCGAAUGGGGUUUCGUGGCCAGCCUACGAGCCCAAAAGUAGACCGUACAUCAGCUUCCAGAACGCAAGUGCAGCUGCAAAAAACGGAUUCGGCGGUGAAAACUGCCUGUUUUGGAAGAAAUUCAUCUGA